AUCAACUAUACAUCGUUGUUAUUAACAGUCAUUAAAAGGGAGUAUUCAAACAUUUGUAUAAAGUACAUAUUUGCAACGAGGAAACUCUGUAACUGCAUGGUUAAAGGAAGAAAAUAAAAACUCUCUUUAUGUCCUUGUAGUUCUUCAAAAACAUGGAAAAUAAGGAAGAGCCAGUCUUCUCUCGUUGCAAAAUUGAUAAAACAGUGACCAUUGUAAGCAAUUCUAACCUUUUAGAGGAAAAAGAUCGCUCAAGUAUCAGGCAAUUGUUUUAAAUAGCAUGUAUCCAUAUAAUACACUUUAAGGAAGUGGAAACAAGUGUUGCCUGAAUGUAAACAUAUUUAGAUCUAGUUAAGUUCGAUAUGUAAACAAUAUCAGUUUCAAGUAGUUUUAAAAAUACUAGUGGUUGUUAUAUGCAGCAAAUGGAUCUGGAAUUAUGAGUUUCAACGCUUUGGUGCUGGUACGAAUAACUGGAUAUUUAUGACUAUCGUUCUUUUGUCUUAACGGGGAUUCCUUCAUUGUGUAAGGAGCCCCUUUUACCAAGCAAUGAAGGUCUUCAUGUUUCUAUUUAUAACUAAUUACUUUGCGGAUAUAUUGACCAAAAACUCGCAGAUGAUAUGUCCUGAUGAUCAAUUUUAUAACAAGGAAUCAGGAAACUGCACAGAAUGCCCGCCAGGAUAUUUUAAAUCAAACUGCUCCGAGCCGUGUCGAUACCCUAACUACGGUAAUGAAUGUCAGGAUAAAUGCACUUGUGGACAAGAGUAUUGUAAUCACAUUUUCGGAUGCAUCAAAGAUUUGCGAGAUAUCGAAGAAUCCAAAGACAGUGUCACUACCAUCAUAGCGGUAACAGUUACCGGGAUCGUUCUCAUCAUCUUCGCUUUCAUCAUUAUCUCCAUUGCAAACCGAAGAUUCUUCACCAGACACAUCAGGCAGAACGCCCACUAUGUCGGCACUGUAAUAGCUGAACAUACGGGAAACACGUACAACCCUCACUUACAUCGUACUGCAGAGUAUUCCAGACCUGAUGAAACCUGUAGUCAAGCCGACAACGGAGUGUAUAUGUUAGCAAACACACUUAAUAGAUAUGAAUAUACUGGUGUUCAGUAAACAUCAUUGUUUGUGGUGA